AUGUCUCUCAAGGACGUGUACCAGAGAUUCCUGGCUGCGCCUAACCCAGCGUCCCUUGCCUCUGAUGUGUCCCUGAUCUAUAUCACCUCCACCACCGAGUUCAAGGGAGCCGACAGUGUGACCAAACACCUCACCAAACAGCAGGAAAUCAAGAUCAACUCUCAAACUAUCAUUGAUUCUGUACAAGGUUCUAACGCGCUCUCUCUGGAUGUCGACACUUCUCUUCAAUUCCUUACUGGAGGUGGAGCCUAUCUUCCUAAUCUGGAUGAGACGUUCUUGUUCGAUCGCGUCGUGAAGUUCCCCACGAUCCAUAUCGUCCGUUUCAAUGCCCAGACUCAAAUCCAAAGCGUCAGAAUCCAUUGGGACCAGGCCUCCCUCUUAAAGCAAGUCGAAGUCAUUGGAAACCGCGCUCGUAACUGGCCUGUUCGCGACGCGGACAAGCAGACUCGCCUGAUCAAGGUCGCAUCCUCAUCGGCUCCCGCAGACAAUGGACCUCCUCCAGUAGCCCAGACUGAGCCUUCAUUCACCGCGAAAGAGGGUCAGGAUGAUGCUCCCGCAGCGCCCCCUUCUCCCGGAAAGAAACGCAUCAAGGAUCCCUAUGCAGCCGACUCACUUUUCGAGCUACUUUCACCCAGCAAAAACCGCGAACAGCAUGUGCAGCCUCCUCGCGCCCCUGCCUCCGCCAAACCCCCACCUCGUAAUUACAAUGAGCUCUUUGUCGGUGACGAGGAGAAUGAUGACGCUCCUGAUGCGACUCCCUCGCGACCGCCCGCAGUCGCCCCUAAAGUCGGCGCCGGGAAGAACUUCGGUCCAUCUCGCAUCUUCGAUGACGAUGAGACAGUCGCUCGUGAGAAGCCGGAGCAGAUUGCCUACCGCGCGCACCCGAAGCGCUUCGAACACUUCGAGCUGGGUGGUGACAAUAGCAGCCGUGAAAUCAAGGCACCUGCCUCACGCCCAGGCUCCCGCCACGUCAACAACUGGGAUUUUGAAGACUUCUCGACCCCACAGAAGCCGCAACGCAAACCCCGAGGUGAAGAAGUCCGUCAUUUUGGUUGGAGUGACGAUGAGCCUGAGCAGGAUUCACCGCCAGCCAAGCCCCGCGUUUUGCAGCCCCGACGUGACGCCGAGACUCAUUUCCAGAUCACAGACGGCGACGAAGAGCAGGGUAACAAGCGCAUUAUCAAAUCAUAUCAAAACAAGGGAUUAGGGCUCUAUAAGAACACCUUGUACGGCGAAGCAGAUGAGGUUGAGGCCGAGGAGGACACUAAAAAGCAAACCAGCAAAGAGCGCCCUCUUUCUGUCGUGCACAACGGGCCCAACCGCAAGAAGGACUUCGAACCCCACUGGGAGGUAACAGACGAACCUCAGGAAACCGAAGGCGAUGUCAGCCACGAGAACAAGAAGCCCUCCGAGGAUCGAGUCAAAGCCGUGAAGAUGAUGGAGCCAUCCUGGAAUCCCUACGGUAGUAGAACCCCUGAGCCAAACAAGGCCGCUACACCCCCACAGCGUCGGGUCUUACACAACGUGAACCAGAAAAGCUGGGGCUUUGGUGAGGAAGAAUAA